CUAUAACUGGAAUAAAUGAACGUACGAGGAUCCAAGACACACCACGCACCCCACCGCAGCUCCCCGGGUGUGGCGCAGCGACCUCCCAAGCGGGACCCACACGCGGGGGCCUCUGGGAAGUGUAGUUCUCCACCGCCUCUGAGGCUCCGCGUGCGCAGGCGCACUUCCGGCUCUGCCCCGCCGCUGCGGCCAUUGUCCGGCCCCUGUGCGGCUAAGGCCGCUUUGGGCCGUCCCUCCGCACAUCAGAAUUGGAGAGGACUGAACCUGCAGCGGGUGCAGGAGGAGCUGGCCCCAGCCCCGGGUGGGCCGGACGUCGCGAAAUCCGGAGUCCGCAGGAGGCGCCCCAGUCUGGGAGCCGGCCCCAGCGAGGCAGGAAUGGCCCCGAGGCCUCCGACGGCCGCGCCCCAGGAAUCAGUGACAUUCAAAGAUGUGGCUGUGGACUUCACCCAGGAAGAAUGGCACCACGUGGACCCUGCUCAGAGACGCUUGUACAGGGAUGUGAUGCUGGAGAACUAUAGCCACCUGGUUUCUCUUGGGUAUCAAGUUUCCAAGCCAGAGGUGAUCUUCAAAUUGGAACAAGGAGAAGAGCCAUGGAUAUCAGAGGGAGAAAUCCAGAGACCUUUCUGUCCAGACUGGAAGACGAGGCCUGAAGCCAAAUCAUCACAUCUGCAAGAGAGCAUCUCUACAGGAUCCCGUAGCACAGAUGGCCUUUCACAUGCCACUUUCCAAAGCACUUGGGGUGUUGGUAGCCAGUUUGAGAGGCACCAGGAAAACUGGAAAAGGUACUUGGGGCCAGAUGCAUCCAACCAGAAGAAAAUAAUCACGCCAGAAGAAAACUUCCAGCAAAAUAAAUUUGGUGAAAACUCUAGAUUGAACACAGUCCUAGUUACACAACUGAACAUUCCUUCAAGGCCUAAUGAAUGUGAUACACUUGGAAGCAAUUUGGGACAUACUUCAGAUAUAAUUAAUCAGAAUAACAUCCUUGCGAAAAAGAAACCUUAUAAAUGUGACAAAUGUAGAAAAGCCUUUAUUCAUAGAUCAUCGCUUACUAAACAUGAGAAAACUCAUAAAGGAGAGGGAGCUUUCCCCAAUGGUACAGAUCAGGGUAUUUAUCCUGGAAAGAAACACCAUGAAUGUACUGACUGUGGGAAAACUUUCCUCUGGAAGACACAACUUACUGAGCAUCAGAGAAUUCACACUGGGGAGAAGCCCUUUGAAUGUAAUGUGUGUGGGAAGGCCUUCAGGCAUAGCUCAUCCCUUGGUCAGCAUGAGAAUGCUCACACGGGAGAGAAGCCUUACCAGUGCAGUCUCUGUGGGAAAGCCUUCCAGCGCAGCUCCUCCCUUGUUCAACACCAGAGAAUUCACACUGGAGAGAAACCCUAUCGAUGCAAUUUAUGUGGGAGAUCUUUCAGGCAUGGCACGUCCCUCACUCAGCAUGAGGUCACACAUAGUGGAGAGAAACCCUUCCAGUGUAAGGAAUGUGGGAAAGCCUUUAGUCGAUGUUCUUCCCUCGUCCAGCAUGAAAGGACUCAUACGGGAGAGAAACCUUUUGAAUGUAGCAUAUGUGGGAGGGCUUUCGGUCAGAGUCCAUCCCUUUAUAAACAUAUGAGGAUUCAUAAGAGAGGCAAACCUUACCAAAGCAAUAACUAUAGCAUAGAUUUCAAGCACAGCUCAUCUCUUACUCAAGAUGAAAGCACCGUCGCUGAAGUGAAAUCCUAUCAUUGUAAUGACUGUGGGGAAGACUUCAGCCUCAUUACUGACUUUACUGAUCAUCAGAGGAUCCAUUCCGGACAGAACCCCUAUGAAUGUGAGCAGAACUUUAGUCAACAACCUGUUUCUCAUCCUGGAGAGAAACCCUAUCAGUGUAAUGUAUGUGGAAAAGCUUUCAAAAGGAGUACAAGCUUCAUAGAGCAUCACAGAAUUCACACUGGAGAAAAACCCUAUGAAUGUAACGAAUGUGGAGAAGCCUUCAGUCGGCGCUCGUCACUUACUCAGCACGAGAGAACCCACACUGGAGAGAAACCCUAUGAGUGUAUUGACUGUGGGAAAGCCUUCAGUCAGAGUUCAUCCCUCAUUCAGCACGAGAGAACGCAUACUGGAGAAAAACCCUAUGAGUGUCAUGAAUGUGGGCGAGCCUUUCGGAAGAAAACCAAUCUUCAUGAUCAUCAGAGAAUUCAUACCGGAGAAAAACCCUAUGCGUGUAAGGAAUGUGGGAAAAACUUCAGUAGGAGUUCAGCACUAACUAAACACCAGAGAAUUCAUGCACGAAAUAAACUGUAGAAGCCCUGAAAUUAAGGAAUGUGCAGAAAAUUUUAGCUAAAAUAUUGUUCUUAUUUAGUAUCUGAGGAUUCUUACUGGAGAGGAAGCUUGAGAAUGUGAUGGCUGUGUUUGUGUGUGUGUGUGUGUG